UCCCUCCGCCCACCUCGCCGAAGCGGAGCCGCCGUCGCCAGCAGCGCCGUCAUGUCGGCCCCCGCCGGGUCCCCUCACCCGGCCGCCAGCGCCCGGAUCCCGCCCAAGUUCAGCGGAGCGGCCGCGCCCGCAGGCCCGGGCCUGGGCCCGGCGCAGCACCAGCAGAACGGACCAGCACAGAAUCAAAUGCAGGUUCCAUCUGGGUAUGGAUUGCAUCAUCAGAACUAUAUUGCUCCCUCAGGACAUUAUUCUCAAGGACCUGGGAAAAUGACCUCAUUGCCAUUGGAUACCCAGCAUGACGAUUACUACUCUGGUCUCUAUACAGUUCCAGCACAGAAUGUGGUGACUCCUAGCACAGCACACCAACAGCCAGGAGCACAGCAGAUGUAUGGCAGGGGUCCUCCUGCCCCUCAUAUUGUGGGAUCCACUCCAGGAUCUUUCCAAGGUGCUGUGUCAUCAGCAUCUCAUUUGCAUACGAGUGCCUCCCAGCCACACUCCUCUUUUGUGAAUCACUACAAUAGUCCAGCCAUGUACUCUGCCAACUCUUCUGUUGCUUCUCAGGGAUUUCCCUCUACUUGUGGUCAUUAUGCUAUGUCAACUGUUUCUAACGCUGCAUAUCCUAGCAUUUCGUAUCCCUCCCUGCCUGCUGGUGAUCCAUAUGGGCAAAUGUUUACCUCGCAGAAUGCUCCGACUGUCAGGCCGGUUACAGAUAAUUCAUUUUCUGGUCAAAAUACAGCUAUCAGCCAUCCAUCACCACUUCCACCUCCACCAUCGCAACAGCACCACCAGCAGCAGAGUCUUUCAGGAUACAACACUCUGUCGUGGUCAGCUGCAGGCCUUCCGUCAACCCAAGACAAUCUCGUCCGAAACCACACGGGAUCCCUGGCUACAGCCAACAACAACCCAGCAAAUACUGCUGCAGACUCUUUAUCCUGUCCUGUUGUGCAAAAUGUCCUGCCUCCCAAGUCCAGCCCGGGAGCACCCGCUGUUUUAUCCGGAGCCGCAGCGGCAAGAAUGCCUCCCGCGGCACCCCACCCAGCUGAGCCUGCGGCCUCGGUGACGCAGCCGUCAGAGCCGUCGCAACAGAAAGGCAUGCAGUAUGGUGACUAUGUUAAUAAUCAAGCUAGCUCCGCACCAACUCCCUUGUCAUCAGCUUCCGAUGAUGAGGAAGAGGAGGAGGAGGAUGAGGAAGCAGGUGUCGACAGCUCUUCUACCACAAGCAGCGCUUCUCCAAUGCCCAACAGUUACGACGCGUUAGAAGGAGGCAGCUACCCAGAUAUGCUUUCUUCAUCAGCAAGCAGUCCUGCUCCUGAUCCCGCCCCCGAGUCCGACCCGGCUCCGGCUCCGGCUCCAGCCCCCGCUGCUUCUCAGCCUUCAAAACUGGCUAAGCCUUUCGGCUACGGCUACCCGACUCUGCAGCCCGGUUACCAGAAUGCGGCGGCACCACUGACGGCCGGCGCGCAGCCCGGUAACCCUGUGUACUCUGGAUUCCAGCAGUAUCCUCAGCAGUAUCCUGGCAUGAACCAGCUGUCCUCCAGCCUAGGAGGACUGAGUCUUCAGAGUUCUCCACAACCAGAAAGCCUGAGACCUGUGAACCUCACUCAGGAGAGGAAUAUCUUACCCAUGACUCCGGUUUGGGCUCCUGUACCUAACUUGAAUUUAGAACUCAAAAAAUUAAACUGUAGCCCAGAAUUCAGGAGAAGCGGUAACUUGGAUGAGUCUUGUAGUGACAGUGGUUGUCGAACUGGUGAAAAGGGGGCACAAUUACCGGUGAUAACAUCAAAUACCAUCGUGAGAUGCCGAUCUUGUCGAACUUAUAUUAACCCUUUUGUAUCCUUCAUUGAUCAACGUAGAUGGAAAUGCAAUUUGUGCUAUAGAGUUAACGACGUUCCUGAAGAAUUCAUGUAUAACCCCCUCACCCGAUCUUACGGAGAACCUCACAAACGACCGGAAGUACAGAAUUCCACUGUGGAGUUCAUUGCUUCUUCAGAUUACAUGCUUCGUCCUCCUCAACCUGCAGUUUACUUGUUUGUUUUAGAUGUGUCUCAUAAUGCGGUCGAGGCCGGAUAUUUGACAAUUUUGUGCCAGUCACUGUUAGAAAAUCUAGACAAGCUUCCUGGAGAUUCACGAACAAGAAUAGGAUUCAUGACCUUUGAUAGCACUAUUCAUUUCUACAAUUUACAAGAAGGAUUAUCACAGCCUCAGAUGUUGAUUGUGUCCGAUAUAGAUGAUGUUUUUUUGCCUACACCGGACAGUUUACUUGUGAAUCUAUACGAAAGUAAAGAGCUUAUAAAAGACUUAUUGAACGCAUUACCAAAUAUGUUCACCAAUACAAGAGAAACACACAGUGCCCUUGGCCCUGCGCUUCAGGCUGCCUUUAAAUUAAUGUCUCCAACAGGUGGCCGUGUGUCUGUAUUUCAGACACAGUUACCUUCCUUGGGCGCAGGACUUCUGCAGUCCAGAGAAGAUCCUAAUCAGAGAUCAAGUACAAAGGUGGUACAACAUCUUGGCCCUGCAACUGAUUUUUAUAAGAAACUGGCUUUAGAUUGCUCAGGACAGCAAACUGCAGUGGACUUAUUCCUUCUGAGUUCACAGUAUUCUGAUCUUGCUUCUCUAGCUUGCAUGUCCAAGUAUUCUGCUGGGUGCAUCUAUUAUUAUCCAUCUUUCCACUAUACUCACAAUCCUUCACAAGCAGAAAAGUUACAAAAAGACCUAAAACGGUACCUCACAAGAAAAAUUGGAUUUGAAGCUGUUAUGAGAAUAAGAUGUACUAAAGGUAUGAAAUUUGUAUUUUGCAAUGACGUUUAUUCAUCGUUUUGUUUAGGGGAGCGGAGAAUUAGAGUGCAUACGCUUUGCUCGCCAGUGGUCAGUUCGCUGGCAGAUGUGUACGCGGGAGUGGACGUACAAGCCGCCGUCUGCCUGCUGGCAAACAUGGCUGUGGAUCGAUCCGUUUCAUCAAGCCUGUCCGAUGCCAGAGAUGCCUUAGUGAAUGCGGUCGUGGACUCGUUAUCCGCGUACGGCUCGACCGUCUCGCAUCUGCAGCACUCCGCGUUGGUAGCACCCAGCUCCCUCAAGCUGUUUCCUCUCUAUGUCUUGGCCCUUCUCAAACAGAAAGCAUUUAGAACGGGUACAAGCACACGCCUGGAUGAUCGUGUAUAUGCCAUGUGUCAGAUAAAAUCUCAGCCACUUGUUCAUCUAAUGAAAAUGAUUCAUCCCAACUUAUACAGGAUAGACAGACUGAUAGAUGAGGGUGCGGUACAUGUUAAUGACAGGGUUGUACCUCAGCCACCUCUUCAAAAAUUGUCUGCAGAGAAGCUGACCAGAGAAGGUGCUUUCCUUAUGGACUGUGGCUCUGUUUUUUAUAUUUGGAUUGGGAAAGGCUGUGACAAUAACUUCAUAGAGGACGUGCUUGGGUAUCCUAAUUUUGCAUCAAUACCACAGAAAAUGACACAUCUUCCAGAACUAGACACGCUUUCAUCAGCAAGAGCCAGAUCCUUUAUAACUUGGCUUAGAGACAGCAGACCAUUGAGCCCAAUCCUUCACGUGGUAAAAGAUGAGAGUCCUGCCAAAGCGGAAUUUUUUCAGCAUUUGAUCGAAGACCGGACAGAAGCUGCGUUCUCAUACUAUGAAUUUCUGCUUCAUGUCCAGCAGCAGAUUUGUAAGUGAAGUGGAAUAAAAUUGAGUAAGAAAAAAAAGAUCCAUACCCAGGUAGGGCGUACUCUGUCAGAAGCGCGUAGGAAAUCUCAGUGAAGGCAUUUACUGUUACGAGACACAAUGCACAGCACCCUGUCUGAGGCUUUGGCACAAGGUAAAGGGGAAGAGAGAAUGUGACAGGUUUUCUGCAGCCUAAAUUAAUGGUAACGAUGAUGCCGUUUCACCAAUAUCUUUUCAAUUGGUUCUACACAUUUCCAGUAGUUUGGCAGUACCGCGUGCUGUUCAUUGCAAGCUGGCUAAUUCAUGUAGCUCUGUGGAAUGAUACAUCAUAAUGUAAAAUUAGAUAAAUUCUUUUUUCUUAUAAUUAACAUAACACUCUGGACUUGAACUCUGACAAGAGAUGCCAAAAGGCAGUGGUACCGUGUUAUUCGUUUAUAUGAAUUACUUUUUAACAAGGAAUGAUUCUUAUUCAUUAAAUGAAUUCAACAUUUUCCCUGCAAAAACAGUAGAGUUUCAGUACAUGAACUAUAGAAAAAGUAUAUAUAUAUAAUGUACAUAAAUGUUACAUUUGUAAAGAAAAUGUAAAAAUUUAACUACAGAAUAUGAAUUGCUUAAACUGUGCUGCAUUGUUGGAUGACAACUCUUUUUGUCACAGUUAGAGAAUGAGGUUGAUUAAUGCAUAUUAUGAAUUGAGUCCACAAAGGAAACACAAAACUCUUUGUAAUCUGUUAAAUCUUUUAUGUGGAUUUAUUUAUGAUCAGCCUACUAAUUAAAAAUAUUUUGCUUGACA